AUGACGCAUGCCCGGAAGAAACAACUUUUCCUUCUGAAGCACCCAGCUGGUUCUGCUGGCCAGGCUUCGUCACCGGCGGGCAGCGGGAGGAUGGACAGGACUGAGGCAGAGUGUGGCGAGCAGAGGGACGGCGAUGCCACCGAGGCUCCCAACUGUCCCAGUAGGUUCGUGGGGACAAACAAAACCAAGAAUUUGCACGAAGUGCGGAAGACGUACCCACUGCGGAGACGUCUGCUCCCCUCGGUGAGCAAAAAGACCUGCAAGGUGCUCCUCACCAGGCUGGAGGAUGUGGCAGGGUCUCUGUCCAAACAGACCCAGGGCUGUACAAAACAGGAGCUUCCCAGCUGGAUGGAGGGCUUGGGACCGGCUUUGUUCUCCGAACAAGUUCAGCCUGCGGGAGCGGGGAAGAGUGAUUCAUCUGGGGAAAAGUGCACAAUAACUUAUCCAGGGGCAGAGCAGGACUCCGAUGCUGCUCCGUCAGAGCCCAGGAAGCGCCGGCUGGCCUCGCUCAACGCCGAGGCGGUGAACAAUCUGCUUUUUGAACGGGACGAUGGCUUGCUCUCCGGCAGGCGUUUUCGGAGGGACCCGGUUAAAGCCGGUGCAGACUGUAGCGUUAAGAGCUUGCAUUGCAAAGCUGGGGACAACUGGCCUGCGUUGGAAAAAGCAGCUGUGAAAACAGGUAAAGGCAAAAACCGGCAGGAGCCCAGCCAGAAAUGCAAUAGCUGCGACCAUCCGCUGGAUGAGGUCUUCGAUGAUGGGACAAAGAGGGAGGACGGUGCCAUCUCCUAUCAUCCCACCCCAAAGAGACUGGCCAGCCUGAACGCCGUGGCCUUUCUGAAGCUGACCCAUGAGAAAGACCAACCCCUGAAGCAGAGGAGUAAAUCAGACGGAGAGGGCAAGUCCGAGAACCACUGUUCAAAAUCCACGCUGAAAUGGGCCAAAGCCGGGAGAAGGAAUUGCGUCAAAGCCAAGAAGGAAACGGCGAGCUUAAAAACAGAGGCUCAGCACGGCUGGCGAGGGCUCGCUGCGGGGAAGGGAGAGCAGCGGGACUCCUCCCGGCUCUAUGGGACGGCAGAGCCCCUCCCUUACGAGUCGCUGUCUAGCUCCUACACCAGCACAGAGGGUUUCUACCACAGACUGCCUUUGCUGAUGGGUGGGCAAGCUUCCAUGAAGCCAGAGUACGGAAGACCCGGGGAGAAAUCUCCGACUCCCAAGCAGGAGUUCCAUCAGCCUUCCUUCCCCGUGCAGCAGUUCCCUCCCCUGCCCGUGCCCGGGAAUCACGCGGAUUGUGGAUGUCUGUACGAGUCCUCGGAUCUGACUCCACUGAAUGGGUUUUACGUUUAUUACGGCCAAAGUGGGUACGGUGGCUACUCCCACUGCUCUGUUUACCCCAAGGACGAGCUUUCGCAGCCCGCUGCCUGCGAGGGGCUCUUGGUGUCGCCGGGCUCCUUGCCGUCAGGUGCUCCCUUCCAGCCCCUCCGCUGGUGUCCCUCUCCGUACUGCUGCGGGGAGGGGACGGCGAUGAGCAGCUACAGCGUCUGCGGCGUGGUGCAUGUGCCAGAGGGCAGGGUCAGCAGCGUGCACGCGGGGCGCAACACCUACCCCUACAAAAUGCCUUUUGCAGCAGGUAAGGAGCAAAGCGCGAGCAAAUCUCGUUGGGCGUUCCUGGGAGAAGAGGGCUGGUUCGGCGUGGCAGCGGCUAAUGGAGGGAUCUCCGUGCCGGGAGGCAAGCUGCCUCUGCGCCUGGUGCGGCUGGGCUUGGCAGGCGGGGCGUCGGGAAGAAUCCGCGCUUCGCCUCCCCUUCCCCCAUUUUUAGCCCCGAGGGUUUUUUCCCACUGA